UGAUAACUUCUUCAAAGAUUUUGAAAAUGAGAAUGGAAUCGAAGCCCUCUUUGACUGAUUUAAAAAUCUCAAAUAUUGCCUUAUAAAAGCUGGGGAAUAUGUCAUCCGCCAGGGAGAUUAUGGUGACACAUAUUACAUGAUCUUGAAAGGAAAGACUUCAGUGCAUAUAAAUAUGUUGAAGAGCUAUGAAUGGGUCUGUAACCCUGAAGAUACCACUCCUACGAAGGUACUUCGGCAAGACCUCAAGGAUUUCUCAACCGCCUUCUAUGAUUUUAUUGACAAUUACGAGCAUAUUGCUGAGGGAAAGGAGAAACAAAAGUUCAUGCAUGAAAUCAGACAUUACUUUCCGGGAAUAAUUAAGCUUCAAACGGCAGAGAAGAGUGGAAAGGAAUAUUACAUUGACAGUACUAUCUUCCCAGAGCACGAAAAAUCAUUCAAGAAGGACUUGAGAGCAAAAAGUUUUACAAGAUGCAUGAUUUCAUGAGAGCCAAGAUCAUCCAAACCAAUCAAGAGGAAGAUCAAGCUCAUGGUAUCUACUAAAGUAGCAGAGAUUGAUUCAGGCGGAUCUUUUGGAGAGCUUGCUUUGCUACAUAACAAGCCAAGGGCUGCCUCUAUUAUUACAAUGGAAGAUAGCCACUUUGCCACAAUGAACAGAGACUUUUACAAAGUCUUAAUGAUCCUGAAGCGAAGAGAGAAUGAUCUGGCUGUGCAAUUUUUAGAGAAAUUCAGAUACAUAAAGCCGUUGACCUACCAAACAAAGGUGAAACUCUCCUAUUUCUGUAAGGAAAUUGACUGUGUCAUUGGCCAAGAUAUAUUCAAGGAAGGAGAUCCAGCUACCAAGAUUUAUUUCAUAAAAAGUGGAGAAUUCGAAAUCCAGAAGAAUAUGUAUAUUUGAAAAGAUUCUAACAAAAGUGGCCAAGUUCUAAAAUUUUCACAGAUCUGGUCUAAAGCUCUUACGAAAAAGCAAAGCUCAAAUCUACUUGAAAUGAUCAAUGAAAGAACCCAAAUUUGCUUCACUGAAGAUCCUGAGCAAAUGGAAAAUCUCAAAUUUAAAGCCAAAGAUGCCACAUGACACAAGAUCAGGGUCGCAUUAAGAGGUGGAGGGGAGCAAUUUGGAAUUGCUGGCUGCUAUUAUCAAUGCCCAUAUAGGACCUAUAGCGUCAAAUGAGUUUCCCCAGCAGGAGUUAUUUAUGCGAUUGAUGCUAACGUUCUUAUUCAAAAAGUUAAGGAAUCAAAUAAAGCACUGAAAGAGAUCAUAAUGUCUAAUAUUAAUCUUGUUGAAAGAUCCAUUCAAAAUUUUGCUAAAGUAAAGAAGGCAGAGAUUCCAGAACAGUAUUUCAAAAACAAGCUUGCUGAUCAAGAAGGCAGUUCGAUGUAUGAUUCGACAGAUAUGAUCCCACAAAUGCCACAAAAUUUGAAACAGAUUUCUACAUUCGUUGAAGAUAAUUCAUCCAGAAAUGUGAUUCCCAGCAAAAACCAAAACUCAGGCUCUUUGACAAAACUCAAGAGUUUGAGCCCUAACCUGCCCAAAGUUGCUGAGUACUCCGAAGCCAGAUCCCAAGUUUCAGAAGAAUCUGAGAGACGCAUUCACACCAUGGAUUCAAAAGAUGCUUCAGAUACUAGCACAAAGUCUAUUCCUAGAAUAAGGCAUUCCAAUAUUGAGAUGAGCGAGAAUGAACUAAAUUUCUUGAUCCAUAACUACCGCAGCAGCAACAAACGAAAGGACUCUAUUUCAAGGUUACAUAAAAAUGUCAAGCAUAUGAAGAACAACUUAGGAUUUUUGAACCUUUCUCCCCUGAGUAAACGGAAGUCCAAGUUCUCUAAUAAAAUUACAACUUGAAGGUCAGAUAACCCCUUCUUAAUAGACUUUGAGUCAAAGCAGGAGACUAGCUUGGUCUCAGAGAGUAUCACCUCUGAAGGGUCUUAUAUAAUCAAGAUCAAUCAGAACGAAGAGGAAAUUCCUAGAAGGAUCAGUUCCGUUCCCAAGAACAUUAGCAAACUAAAGCAUACCACAGAUAUUCCUGAAGGUGUCAGCAAGAGUCCGAGCCAAAGUAAUGAAUCUCACAGCAAAUUUGGGUCUAAAGCUGACCAAAAGAGCAUCAAGAUGGAUGAGAAAUCUGACAAAGACUUCAAACCAGACACUAUCCUUGAGAAGGACAACAGCAAUUUCUCUGAAUCAGAGAUGGAGAAGCCUUUGUCUUUUGAUCCUCAUGAGAACACCAUUAGAGACUCUGUCGAUAUCCCUGAAGAACUCAGGGAUAUCGUUCCCAUUGAGUCCAUGAUGGUGACCUCUUUCAGUAAAAUCAAUGAUCUGCUGGAGGAUUCCAAGGAUGAGCGGGAGAAAUGGAGAACUAUUGCUCAGCCUAUUCUCAUCAAGAAGACAACUGUCCAUUCUAAUUUCAGAUCAUCUGGAUCGAUCAAAAAUUUUUACAAGGCUCCAAAAAUGAAGACAGAGAUAAAGCAGUGUUUGAGAGGAAGCAAAAUUUUAUUGCAGGCUUCUAUUGGCAACCGCUCAAGGAGUCCUCUGUUCAGGAACAUGGGUGGAACUCAAAGGCUAUUCUCACCCUUGCAAUCUGCCAGCAGUAAAUUAAUUGUACGGAAAAGGGUAAAGAUAAAGAGCCCGGUCCCAAAGUUUUCAAGGAAGAUCUCUCCAGUCAGAAACCCGAAGAAACAAAUUCAUUUAGGAAGCCUUAAUGAUGACCUACCAGCACCUCCAAUUAAAAAUCUUCAAAAAGUGAAAUACGAUAGUGUCAGGACACUUCCUAAGGGUUGUCUACAAAGUUCGAAGGUUCCAUUCAAGGAUUGGACCUCCAAUGGUGAUGCCAGCGAUAGUAUCAGUCAAGACUCUAAUAGGGUAAUCAAGGUAUCCAAGAAAAUACUCGAAAAUGCAGAGUCUAAGUUUAAAAAUCCUACUAGGGAAUAUUAUAAAAUAUCACCAGAGCGAGAGUUUAAACCUAUCAGAAAUCAAACCAAGCCUGUCAAAUAAAUUACCAAAAAUCUUGAUGCCUCGACCAUUAAUUUCCUCUCCAAAAUUACCCAGAUCUCCUAAGUCGCCAAAGUCUCCUAAAUCUCCAAGAUUGCUUUUCCCAAAUUACAACCAAGAAGAAAACUUAAGAUUUAGCCUCUUCCAUCAGACUCAAAAUUCUAAACCCCCAAUUUCGCAACAGUUUCCAACAUCAAACUCUCAUAAUUUCCUCAAAAGCAGUAUCUCCAGUCGACUCAAGUCAAAUCACCAGAAAUUCGUCUGAUUCUCCACCUCCACUAAGCCAAGGCUACCUCCUUCGCCUUCAUCUCCUUCUCUAAAAACGAGGUUGCCUCUCUUCAAAUCUAAGCCUCAGGCUAAGCCCAAGGAUAAGCCUGAGGAGCUGGAUAAGAAUCUUGGCAAUGGCAUAAAUAUGAUAACACAUGAAGCAGACAGACAGAAGUGAGCCAGAUUCUUCAUGAGCGACCAGUCAUAGUCUAUAUGCUCUAAAUAAACUUUUAGGGAUGAGAAAUGUGCUAUAAGGGGCAGAGAUCACCAAACCUGCUGCUUAUUUUCCUCAUAGAAUGGCUUAUAUUCCAUCUUAAUAUUACUCCUU